CGAGAAGUAGCAGCAGGACGGGCGGCGGCGGCGGCGGCGGAGACGGAGACGGAGACGGCAGCCCUGAGAUGCAUUUUCCUCUCCAGCGGCCAUGUUAACCAGGAAACCUUCGGCCGCCGCUCCCGCCGCCUACCCGACCGGCCGAGGAGGGGACAGCGCCGUUCGCCAGCUUCAGGCUUCCCCGGGGCUCGGUGCGGGGGCUCCCCGGAGCGGAGUGGGGACCGGCCCGCCCUCCCCCAUCGCCCUGCCGCCGCUCCGGGCCAGCAACGCUGCCACCGCAGCCCACACGAUUGGCGGCAGUAAGCACACAAUGAAUGACCACCUACACGUCGGCAGCCACAGCCAUGGACAGAUCCAGGUUCAGCAGCUGUUUGAGGAUAACAGUAACAAGCGGACAGUGCUCACAACACAACCAAAUGGGCUUACAACGGUGGGCAAAACGGGGUUGCCGGUGGUGCCGGAGCGGCAGCUGGAGAGCAUCCACAGGCGGCAGGGGAGCUCCACCUCUCUGAAGUCUCUGGAAGGCGUGGGGAAGGUGAAAGCCAUCCCCAUGACACCCGAGCAAGCGAUGAAGCAAUACAUGCAAAAACUAAGCAGCUUCGAACACCAUGAGAUUUUCAGCUACCCUGAAAUAUACUUCUUGGGUCCAAACGCAAAGAAGCGCCAGGGCGUGACAGGCGGGCCGAACAACGGUGGCUACGACGAUGACCAGGGAUCCUACGUGCAGGUGCCUCACGAUCACGUGGCUUACAGGUACGAGGUCCUCAAGGUCAUUGGGAAGGGGAGCUUUGGGCAGGUGGUCAAGGCCUAUGACCACAAAGUCCACCAGCACGUGGCUCUGAAGAUGGUGAGGAACGAGAAGCGUUUCCACCGGCAGGCGGCCGAGGAGAUCCGCAUCCUGGAGCACCUGCGGAAGCAGGACAAGGACAACACCAUGAACGUCAUCCACAUGCUGGAGAACUUCACCUUCCGCAACCACAUCUGCAUGACGUUCGAGCUGCUCAGCAUGAACCUCUACGAGCUCAUCAAGAAGAACAAGUUCCAGGGCUUCAGCCUGCCUUUGGUUCGCAAGUUCGCCCACUCCAUCCUGCAGUGCCUGGAUGCUUUGCACAAAAACAGGAUAAUUCACUGUGACUUGAAGCCCGAGAACAUUUUACUGAAGCAGCAGGGUAGAAGCGGGAUUAAAGUGAUUGAUUUUGGCUCCAGUUGUUACGAGCAUCAGCGGGUCUACACGUACAUCCAGUCCCGUUUUUACCGGGCCCCGGAAGUGAUCCUCGGCGCCAGGUACGGCAUGCCUAUCGACAUGUGGAGCCUGGGCUGCAUCCUCGCGGAGCUCCUGACUGGUUACCCCCUGUUGCCUGGGGAGGAUGAAGGGGACCAGCUGGCCUGUAUGAUUGAACUGUUGGGCAUGCCCUCCCAGAAACUGCUGGAUGCGUCCAAGCGAGCCAAAAAUUUUGUGAGCUCCAAGGGUUAUCCCCGUUACUGCACUGUCACGACUCUCUCAGACGGCUCCGUGGUUCUCAACGGAGGCCGUUCCCGGAGAGGGAAACUGAGGGGCCCACCGGAGAGCAGAGAGUGGGGGAAUGCACUGAAGGGGUGUGACGAUCCCCUUUUCCUCGACUUCUUAAAACAGUGUUUAGAAUGGGAUCCUGCGGUUCGCAUGACCCCUGGCCAGGCUUUGCGGCAUCCCUGGCUGAGGAGGCGGCUGCCAAAGCCUCCGACGGGGGAGAAGACGUCAGUGAAAAGGAUCACCGAGAGCACUGGUGCUAUCACAUCCAUUUCCAAGUUACCUCCACCUUCCAGCUCAGCCUCCAAACUGAGGACUAAUUUGGCACAGAUGACAGAUGCCAAUGGGAAUAUUCAGCAGAGGACAGUGUUGCCAAAACUUGUUAGCUGAGCUCAGUCCCCUGAUGCUGGUAAUUCUGAAAGAUACGACAUUGCUGAGCCUUACUGGGUUGAAAAGGAGUAGCUCAGACCUGUUUUUAUUUGCUCAAUAACUCGACUCAUUUGUAUCUUUUUGGCACUUAUUUUAAUGUAAGAAGGUUGUUUGUUUUGUUUUUAUAAAAUACAUGGGGACAAUGCUUUAAGUUUUUAUACUUUCUGAAACUUUUUGUGUUCUAAAAGUACGAUGAGCCUUACUGUAUUUAGUGUGGCAGAGUAAUAAACAUCAGUGGCAGGCCAUUGAUUACGUCAUGACUGCCGCGCAUCUACAGAUUGGUGUCAAAGACGUUCACUAUGUGUUCACGGUUCAUAGUAUAUUCUCCCCAAGGUGAUUGCCUCCGAAGGCCCCCCCCUUCUCUCUCCACGCUUCAGGUUCAUGCACAGGUGCAGCCUGUCCCGCUUCCGUUUCCCAUAAGUUACCCAGGUGGUAGUGAUGGUGGGAGGAGAAUGGUCAGGAUGAAAAUGAUAUUCUAAGAAAAACUGCACCUUAGAGAUUUUUCCCUAAAAUAGUGCUCAGAGACAAAAUAAAAUCCCCACAGUUGAAAUGCCCAGUUAGCAUUCUGACAUUCUAACGGCCGGCCAAGCAGACCUGGUGGGUGAAUGGAAACGUGUGUUCCUCCAGAUUCUCCAGUGUGAUCAGCGAGCUGUUUUGCAAAGAAGCCUUGUUUAACAAAAUUGGUUUUGCACCUAAAUUUAGAAAUGUAUUACAUGAACUGUUCCUCCCCUCUCUUUGCUCUUCUCCCUGCUGUUCUUCUUUCACCACACAUCUGUUGCUUGCAUUUAAUUUCUUUUUCUUCCUUCAGAUAUAUAUCCCAGACUCCUGAUACAGAAGAGAGACAUUUUAGCUGUGAUUAUGACCAUCUUUUCAUAUUCCACUUUAAAAAAGAACAGCCUAGCUACUUAAGGUGGGGAUUUCCAUAGUUCCAAAGACGGUUUAGCAGAUUAGACUGAGUUCACACUUUUCACGUGCCACAGUAAGGUUCUCUUAGCCUGGGAGAGCAUCAACUCUUUAGAAAGAGAGAGAGUUGAAAAUCCUCUUCGUGAACAGACGUCAUUGUGCUUGUUCAGCAAGGCCAAUUUUAACAACAGAUUCGAAGGAGGAAAAGUUCAGCCUCAAGUGAAAUGGUUUGAUUUGCUCCAUGCAUCAUUAGAAGAACCACAGACAUCACAUUCCUCUGUUUUAUUUUACUUUCGUUUGGAUUGCACUGAUUGUUUUUGUGGGAAUGACACUUUACCUGGAAAAGUAACUGAGAGUUAGGUAAAAGAAUAUUUUCUCCUCUGAAUAAUAAUUAUUUUCACAGUGAAAAUUUCAGUAUUUUAUCACUAAUGUAUGAGCAGUGGUAUAUAUCAAUUUCAAGGCACGUGGAAAAAAUUUUUUAGUAUGUGCAAUUUAAUAUAGAAAGAUUUCUGCCUGUUUGGACAAUAGGUUUUGGGUAGUAUAAAUUAGGAUAAAUACUCUUUUAUAUGCACAGAUAUUAUUGUAUUGAUUGCCUGUAAAUUGAUUUACGAGUACUUAAAGCAUGGUCCCCAGCGAGGCCAAGAAAGUUUCCGGUUCAGUUCUUUUAAUAUUAAUCCUACAGUUUCUCUUUUAAGAAAAAAAAGGUAGUUUUGAACAAAACACUUCACUUAUCUUGAGGCUUUGUCAGUUGAUGGUGGAGAAAAAUGCUCAGGAACUAUUACAGAUAUUUGCCAAAAAAAUCAGUAAUAAGAUUAGCUUAUUAAUAAGAUAGUGGUGUUGAUAUUUGCUUUACUAUUUAAGGGUGUCACUGAUAAAUUAAUUUAUACUUCUGUUUCUAGAAAUUAUAGCUUCUUUCCCCUAGUCAAAUUCUUUAGCCUGUUGUACACAUUUCUGUGUAAUCUGUGGAAGUGCAAUAAUGUUAGUAAGUUGCAUUUUAAAUGAUGCUCAUGUGAUGAUACCCCCCAAUCAGUGGCUUAUAGAAUUUAAAGAUUGUGUAUUUAUUAUUGAAAUUCUGGCUUAAAGGCAUAAGAAGCGGCUUUGUAAAACCACAAGCCUCCUAAGAUGGUUAGCGUCUUUAAGUCAUUAAAAUAAACAAAACAUUAAGGCUGUUUUCCCCUUCCAGUGUUCCUCUUCCAUCGUAUCCACUCUUGAGAGAUUUUCACUUUUAGUUUUAAAUAUAUGAACCUGAGCCUGCCAUUAAUAUGAAUAUCCCUAUAAAAUGAUUAUCCGUGUGAAAAUUUAUAAAUGGGCUAAUACUGCUUGUCUUCUCCCUCACCACACAAAACUGGUCCUUAAGAUGCCAACAGUGCAUUUGUGACUAUCUCUAUUCACAAAUGUAACCGGAAACUUUUAAGCCAAACUAUAAUGUGCAGCACUAUUGGGGCUCCCCCAACACCGCACCCCCUAAAUACAGGGAAAUUUCCCUUAUUCACAAGAGCCGCCAUGUUCAGUGUUUAGUGAUAGAGCUGCUUUUUAAUUCUAGCUUAGCUAUAAUGUCAAAAAAACCCAACAAAACUGUUGCAUCCUUGUGAUUUUAAAACACAAAUGAAGGGCUCCGAUAGGCUACUAGGAGUUGGCUUGGAAACAGUCCUUGGUCUCACAGGUUACCAUUGUCUAGGGAUGUCUGAGCUGUUUUCAGAUUUAGGAAGAGCACAGUGUGGUCUUGUCUUCGGUUGCGGUCUCAUCUGGCUCCGUUUCUUGCACCCCCAGAGCGUGCAUUACCACUUAAGUGUAUUGCUACAACAGUGGAACAACAGUGAUGCAAGACAGUGUAGAUUAACAGUAGAGGAGAAAUUGUGCCCUUAGUGAUAACAAUGUGCCUUUUGUUCUGAAUGCCAUGUUGUAGGGCAUGCAUUUUUUGGCCUCUUUAACUCUUUGAAUACUAGAUGGAACCCACCUCUGCAAAGAUACAUCUGUCUUAAACAUCCAGUUACUUACAGGCCUUAAUAGAAACCAUAAGGCGCGCGUCAUCGUCAGGCACCGAGAAAGGUAACCACUGGUUAGUUACACAGGGAAUUCCUAUGUUUAAGGGGUUAAAGAUGGUCUUUGUUGUAUCUUAACAUCAGACUGAUUUUUUAAACGAUAUUUUUUUUUGUUAUGCUAACACUAGACAAAAAUCAACUGUAUUUGUAAAAAUUUACCUCAAACCAUUUAAUUUUAUAGUGUGAUUAAUCCCAGGGCAUUUGGUAUGAACCAAAGUGCAUUCCUUUUAUAUGUGCCUGGCUCUAGUAAGGAUGGCCAGGGGUUUUUACAAUUUGGGUGCAAGGCACUUAAGCCACUUUUAAACUUACUAGGUGGUUUGGAGUCAUGUGGAAGGACUCCAUCAGAAUGUUAGGAAACACUUUAGGCAUCAGUAGCAUUGGGCCAUAUUGGAAUCUUCAAAGUGUGAAUUAUUUUCAAGAGAGCAUUCAUUUUUGUAAUUUUUUUCAUCAAGAAUAUUCUGGUAAGCAGAAGACUUUAAAAAAAAAACUGAUUAGGUUGGUAAAGGUUUUAAUAUUGCCCAACAUAAUGCUGUGGUAGCAUUAAAAAAAUAUAGUAUUUGUGAACUCUGUUUCUUAGGGGCUUGUACAUCUCUCUGCUAUGGACAUAGAUAAAAUGAAUUGUAACUAUACUCAGCUCAACUGCUACAGUUAUGUCUAGGCAGUGGCUUGGGUUUCUAUCGAGCAACAACUUAGACACGUGACUGUAAUAUGCUGCAACUGUGUGUACUGAAAAUAUGUGAAAAUGGUUGAAUGUGGACUGUGUAUAUAUGUAUGUAAAAAUUUCUGUGGGAUGCUGCUCUCGCCACUUAACAUGAAAUAUGUUCUAGUGGAUUUUAAUCCUAGUGGCCAGUUCUAUGAUACUGUAUGUAUUGUACAGCUGAUGACAGGAGUAAGACUGUUCAGUGAAUAUUUGUUAAAUUUUAUUGUCGUGGCCAGAGAUAAUUUCAGAAUAAAAUUUUAAUGUCCUACCUUA